UGAUUCAAUAGCUCUUCCCUUUUCUACUCUUGUGCCUUAUGAUACUCAAGUCCAACACGGCCGGCAGUUCUUUGUAAAAAGAGUGAUGCAUUUUUUCUUGGGAAUCCUUUAAUUUCUUCGGCCAUCACACAACUCUCACAAUCUUGGGCUUCCCAUAAGUCAACUGUACAACAGAUCAAAAUGCCCUUGGAAGCCUCCAAUCUACUGUCAAUUUCUCGAUUGGAGCUCCAACCUGCCAGCUACUACCCUACACAAUCUACCCAGGUUGGAUAUAUGCUUGACAACAUGGAUAGCAUGGAAAUCCGAGGUCUUGCUGGCUCGAGGCUUUGUCAGCUUGCGCUACCACAACGUCCGGGGCCUAAUGGCUCUCGAGUUGUGAGGAAGCGUCCAUCUUCACCUCGGCUAGGCGAUUUCACCGAUGUCAAAGUCAAGCUGUUCGGAUACCAGAAAACUUCGGAGAAGCAAGAGCUAAGUGAUAGGUCUUCGGAUACUUGGUUCCCCGAUACGACGAACGAUUCCCUCAGCAUUUCCUCGAGCCCGAUUGCCUCACUCACCUUGUCCAGUGCGGAUUCGAGAAGCACUCGUAACCUCACACCGGAAUCCUCACCGCCGACACCUUGCAGAGGCCCGAGCCUCGGAGACAAUUUGAGGAACAUUGGCAAGGCCCUUCCAGUUUACGAUGAUGUUCCGGCCACGACACAGCUAGCCUACGAUGAAGUCAAGAGCCAGCUUAUAUCCUUCCUUGGGGAAGACCAUGUCAUGACCAUCCCAACCCGUGGAAAACUUGAGAGCAAAACAGUACCAGCCCCCGAUGAAGUCCAAGCGAUGACCCUCCCAGCUUUCAGCAAAUUCAAGAGUAGGACGGUACCGGCUCAUGAUGGAGUUCUCCCAGUGUACAAUAAAGUCCACAGCAAGAUCACACCUGUCUGCGAGGAAGUUGAGUUCACGAACCCCAGAUCUUAUCCAGAAGCUAAGGUCAACACUGUACCGGCCUACCACGGAGCUGGCAGUCGCCAACACGAGGAAGUUGCGUAUGAUCUUUUGAAACAAGCCAUUCAAGGAGGCUUACAAAGCGCCACCUCCCAAUUCUACCAGAACUCCCCUUACCCUUCUCCCCCGCUCAAGAAGACGUCGGACCAUCCAACCAGUACAUGGUCGAAUAUUUAUCAAAACCCUCUCCUUGUAGAGCCGUCCUCUAUACCGCUGGUCACGCCGAUCACACCACCUUUGGUAUUGAAACAACAGAAGCUCUGCCAAUUGAACAAGAAACUGAAAUCUUUGCCCUCGACUGGACCCAAAGAUGUUCAUAUCUUUGUCGAUAUGUCAAAUAUCUUCAUCAGCUUCCAGAACCUGGCUAAAGCUAAGCGAGGAAUGAGACCCUCUGCGCGUGCUCCGUUCUUGCCCCUCUCCUUCGAGCAUCUAUCUCACAUUUUGGAGCGCGGCCGGCACUCUGUAACGCGGAAGCUGGCUGGAUCUGUGAAAUACUCGUGGCACAAGUCGAGUCCGCCCAUCUACAUCCAGGAAGCUCAGGUACUCAAUUACGACGUCAACCUCUUCGUCCGAGUGCCUCAAGCAACCGAGGCGUCAAAGACAAAGACAUGGAAGACAAAUGUUCCAGUCGCUCAACACCAUUGGAUCACCACUAGUGAUGAUGAGUCCGCUGAGAGCCAUGAACGCGAUGAGAACUACCGAUUAGCAGAGCAAGGCGUCGAUGAGCAUCUCCACUUCGGAAUGACAAAGGUUGUUCUUCGCAACCAGACGCCGGGCGUAAUAGUCCUCGCAACUGGAGAUGCUAGACCGGCCGAGUUUUCCGAGGGUUUCGCCAUUCACGCUCUUGAGGCUUUGCAACGAGGUUGGCAAGUAGAGCUCGUGUCUUGGAGACAGAGCAUGUCGGCUGAAUGGAAGAAGACACCAUUCUCCGAUAUUUAUGCAUAUCAGUUCCGCAUCAUUGAGCUCGACCCGUUCUUCGACGAACUGCACGCCGACUGGGAUUGAAAAUGACCUAUUGGAAUUCUCCCGCAUUCGAUGUACUUCAUCGGAUAUGGACCGCAUGCCGGCAGCUGACGGUUUCCUUCGUCU